UUCAUGGUGAGAGACCGCAGUCUGAAUCUACUGGGAACAGGUCACCAUGACGUCCAUCCAGGAUCUGAUCAGGAAGAAACGAGAUGGAGAAGCGCUGACGGACCAGGAAAUACAAACUUUUAUCCACGCCGUUACAGACAAAACCAUUCAGGACUGUCAGACAGGCGCCAUGCUGAUGGCGAUCUGGCAGAAGGGAAUGACCUGCGAAGAGGUCUCGUCCCUGACCCGCGAGAUGAUGUCAUCGGGGGAAGUGAUGUCUUGGCCGAAGGAGUGGGCGGGGCUUGUGGUGGACAAGCACUCAACAGGAGGCGUCGGGGAUAAAGUCAGUCUGGUGUUAGCGCCCGCGCUAGCCGCCUGUGGCUGUAAGGUGCCGAUGAUCAGUGGGCGGGGCUUAGGUCACACAGGAGGAACUCUGGAUAAACUGGAGUCCAUUCCUGGAUUCAGCAUCCACCAAUCAGCUGCUAAGGUCCUGGAGAUCCUGGGCUCGGUGGGCUGUUGCAUUGUGGGUCAGACGGAGACGUUGGUUCCGGCAGAUCGAGUCCUGUACGAGCUGCGAGACGCCACCAGCACCGUCAACAGCUUACCACUCAUCACUGCCUCGAUCAUCUCAAAGAAAGGAGCCGAGUCUCUGUCGGCACUGGUUCUGGACGUGAAGUUUGGACGGGCUGCUCUGUGCAAAGACCAGGACAGUGCUAAAGAGCUGGCACAGUCAUUGGUGCAUGCUGGGAACUUGCUGGGCAUGCGCACGGUGGCGGCGCUCACCUGUAUGGACGCUGUGAUUGGUCAAUGUGUGGGCAACAGUCUGGAGGUGAUGGAGUCUCUGGAGACGCUGAAGGGACGAGGUCCCGAUGACCUGAUGGAGCUUGUCACUACUCUGGGCGGCUUGCUGCUGCAGAUGACUGGCUUGGUUUCCGACAAAUCAGAGGGCAGGAAAAUGAUUGCUGACGCUGUGAUUGGUGGAGCUGCUCUCUCAAAAUUCCAGGCCAUGAUGGAGGCUCAGGGAGUAGCCAAAGAGACAGCUCGGUCUCUAUGCUCCGCCAACUCAGAUUACUGCAGCGUCCUGAGGAAGGCUGAGCAUCAGAUCGAGCUGAAGGUGCCGACAGAAGGAGUGGUGUUGGACCUCAAUGGUUUGACGUUAGCUGAAGUUCUCCAUAAAUUGGGGGCGGGACGAUCGGAGGUUGGACAACCUGUCAAUCACAGCGUGGGGGCGGAGGUUCUGGUUUCGCUGGGUCAAAGAGUCAGCAAAGGUGCCUCCUGGCUGCGGCUGCAUUACGAGACUCCGGCUCCGACUGAAGAUCAGAUUGGUCGCCUGCAGGCGGCGCUGACUGUCAGCUCAAACACACACACUGACACUCACACACACACUUUAGUGAAGGAGCUGCUCUCUCAUUGACGCAAUAUUUAAUACUUGCAGGUCAUGUGACUGAACUUUUAAUAUGCGUCUCUUCAUUCUUCCUGUCAGCUGAUCAGUUCCAGGGCUUUAAUUCAAACACAUGUGAAGGAUUUUAGUUUUUUUAAGGGAAGUUAUACUGAACUUUCUCUCCUUUAAUUGACUGAAUUGAUUUAAACACAUGAAUACUGCUGUGUAAUUAAUGUAGAUCAGUAGUACAAUAUAAGAGACGCACAGAUUUCAGGUGUGGGCCAUAUUCCAUUAUGCUUUUAGGAUGGGGGCCGAUUCAUAGUGGCCCACAGGCCGAAGUUUGGACACCUAGUAUAGUAUGUCGAAAAAGACCCAGCAAUCGUUGUCAGCGCACCAUGUUUCAUUUCAUUUCAAGGAUCCAGGAUCGAAGGAGAGGUGUGGAGUGGGAGAAUUGGGGGAGGUUGAAGACUACAUACUAUGUUUUUAUUUAUUUAUGACGUACAAUGAAGUUUAAUGACAGAAACCACUUGAGGUUUAACCUGCGUUGUAAUGCAGCUUCCCGACCAGCAGAGGGCGCAGAAACCCACCCAGAACGCAGGUUGACUUCAACAGAUGUCUUAAUAUGUUCAAAUCAUGUGGAUUAAAUGUUCCAUCAACAACAGUUUACAACUUUUACUUACAUAUAAAUAUAUGUAUUUAAUUGGUGUAAAAUACAAAGAAACAGACUUUUUUUUCGAAAUAUGGAAAUGAAACUUUAUUGAACAAUCUGACAAACACUCACCAGAGGAAUAAAAAAGUUAAAUCUAACAACUGCGGCAACUCGUUAUAAAAAACAUAAACAGGAACGUCUCUGCAGGAGCCAGUGAGCGGGGGGGGGGGCUCACUGAGGACAUGUUCAGAUAACACGUUUAAACCUCGUCAGGGAACGGGCUCCUGCAACAAAGCUGGGUCUGCUGCCGUAGAGGUGUGUGUGUGUGUGUGUGUGUGUCAGUGGGCGACAGAGUUGAGCGGCUCGGCUCGGAUAUUUCCUAAAUCCAGCGUGGAGUCUGUGUCCUCGUCGAUCUCCCCGAUCACUGCCCUGCAACACACACACACACACACUUACUAUUAUUCUACAGUACAAAAAUAUGAUGCUGAUUGGUCAAUAUGAGAUUUAUAAGCUGGCAACGUGUUUUUAGAUCAGAAAUCUAACUUUUAUAGUGCUGAGGCUCAAUGUUUACCCUGGUUGUUUUCAUUUUACGCUUCAUUAAAGAGUUUACUGCGUCUCAAACACGCUUUCUGUCGUACCCAGGACUUUUUAAACCCUUGAAAAUGGCUAAAUGUAGUUCAAAAUCUGUGUCACAAAGGCUUUCAACCCAAAAAAACUGCUUAUGAGAAACACAAAACAGGCGUGGUUAGUCUCACGCAUUCAUAUUAAAGUGUUUAUGAAGGAGACUCACACGUUGUCCCCCCUCACGAUGUAGAGUCCCAGCACCACCUGCUCCACCCCCUGACUCGAGCUGAAGACCCGCUCGUGGCUUUCGUCCAGAAUCAGGUUGAUGGUCUGAUCAAAGCCCUUCAGUGUACCCUGAACACACACAUUAACACAGAAACACACACAUAUUCACAUAAAAUAAUAACAGCCAGAGAAGGUUAAGCAAUUUAAGUGAUAAUAUGUAAGAAAUACGUGAAGAUUGCUAACAAAUAUGGGGAAAUUGUCAGAUAAAAGUGUGUAAAAAUGAAAAUUUGGAACAACCAUCGAUGUGAGAAUGCGAGAAAGAAAUCUGUCAAAAAUGUCUUCAGAAAAUGUUCCUAAAAGUGAAAACUUGUGAAAUAAAAUCUGGAAACUUCAA